UUGAAAUACCCUUAGGAAUCUCUUUGUUUUUUCUCAGAGGUUGUUAUUUUAUCAACUACUUCCUCCAAGCUGGUUGUCCUUUACUUGUAUUUGACUUUCUUACCUUCUUUGCACUGCAGUGCUUGUAACAGUUAUGAUUAUGAUGGCAUUUUACUUUCUUGCUUCUACUGUUUUAGAUUGUUUUGAUCCGUUGGUGUUUUGAUUUUGGUUUAGAGAUUUACCCACUCCACACAUUUUCCCUAAUGGUUCAAAUUAAGUGUUUUUCUGUUGCUGCAUGGUAGCUGUAAUUCACUCAGUCCGUAAUUCUGGCAUUUGAAUAAUGUUGCCUUGUGGCUGGGAGUUAAAGUUUAAUUCAAAUAUAGCUGUCUGUCGAAUAGGAGUAUGAUUGCUCACCUCAUGCAUGUCACGGGAGUGUUUAAAUUGGACAAUAUUAUCUCCAUUUUAUCCGCAGAAUGAAAUGAGGGUGCUUUAGGAAGAGGCGGUCAAGAAGGGUAUUGUUGUUGUUGUUGAGUUUUUGCUAUGGAUGCAAACAACGAUUCUUGGGAUUGGAUUGAGGAAUCCUUGACAUUGGAUGCCGAUUCACCAUUAGUUAUAUCUCAGUCUCUGUGGGAUGAAUGGGCUCAGAGUGAGGCAGAUGCCCAGACUUUGUUUACAUCCACACCUCCUUCAUCUGAAGUAGCAGAGCUCACAAUGCCCACAUCCUCUAUCGCCAACAAACAAGCAGUUGAGCUUGAGGUCACAGACAAUCAAGAAACCUGUGAAAAGGACAGUCCCCGGUGUAAAAGAAGGCGGAUGCUUCUCUUCUCUGGAGAUCACUCUGGAACUGACAUUUCUUCUUCCGACCCAAUUCAGCAAUUUGAAGAAGCCACAGCACUGAAUGGUUGUGGCAGUGAUCUGUUAAGUGGAUAUGAGGAAAUGCAGGUACCAGAUUCAGGAAGUGUUGCUUUAUGGUUCUCUGAAAACUUUUAUUAUGCAAAUGAAGCCUCAGAAAACUGGAUGCUUGGAUAUAUCCAAGAACGAGAAGGCCUGAAUUUAGAUUCCCAUGAACAGUUGUGUGUCCCGGUACCUGUGUGUUCAAAUCCAGAAAAGGAAGUUUCAUUGCCUGGUUUACAGUCGACAGCUUCUGCCCAACUUCCCCUGUCUGUUGUUUCGCAGGGUAAGCCUAAAUUGGCAACACCUGUGGCAUACCCAUUUGCAGUAGUGAAACCCAGUGGAGUAGAAGGAGAUGUGACUCUUAAGGAUAUUAACCAGCGGAUUCUAAUGCCGCCAACUAGGCCGAUUCAACACCCUGUUGGUGAUCAUGCUAAACCUCCAUCUGCUGCUUCCACUGGAUCAGGGCUUUCUGGGAAGGCUGUAGUUGCUCUGACCAAAAUUCACACAGAGGGGAAAGGAACAAUUACUAUUAUGAGGACCAAAGGCUGAUUGACCAAACUUAUCCGUGCUGGAGGCAAGUGUCUUUUUGGGUUCAACUGUGCAGAGAAUAAAUAUCCCGAUAUUUCGGAUCUGACUACUUGGAAAUUCUUCUAUAAAUGUCAUAAUGUCAGGCGUUGUAAAUUAUAUAUCAGUUUUCAGUUUCCUCUUUAUUAUGUGAUCAACCUGCACCAGGCAGAAAUAUGCAUACCUCUUAGGCUAUCAGAAAUGUCAGAUUUAUGUAUCACAGAGACAUGCAAGAUGGGGAUUGUACCAAUGUAAGACCAGAUGAUACCAAUGCGAGUUACAUUGUAAGAUAAUUUAUGUCUGAAUUUUAAAUGUUCUCUCAAGUUGAACCAGGGGAGCUCAUCUGGAUUGUAGGCACAUACAUAUCAGUGCCAAGAAAUUUUGGGGCCAAGAUACAGGGAUUAUAUCUGGACCAAUCCAUGGAGUGACUCUUGAAUGCAAGGUUUUUCAAAAUUUUACAGAGGACUUUAGUAUAAUAUUUAAAUGAAAACAGCAUAUUAAAAUACAAUAAAAUUGCGGCAGAUUCUAUGGA